AUGGUUCACGAAAAUAUUCAUUGGUCUCGUCCACGCAAGUAUGGUCCAGGCUCUCGCUCUUGCCGAGUUUGUUCAAAUCAUCAUGGACUGAUCCGCAAGUAUUCAUUAAACAUUUGCCGUCGCUGUUUCCGUGAGUAUUCCGCUGAUAUUGGAUUUAAGAAAUUGGAUUGA